UCUAGAUGAAAGAGCCAAUCAGGCGUCGAAGCGCACGAUUGGUUGGCCCUGGCAGGCGCUUUUGGCUCUGUCUAGCCACGCUGGCGUCUAAGGCGCCAACAGUACGGAACUGCACCAAAACUCCCAAGAAAAGCAAACAUGGGCAUUGUCAAGAACGGAAAGGUUGUUGUGUUGCUUAACGGCCGCUUCGCUGGCCGCAAGGCCAUCGUCGUGAAGACGUUCGACGAGGGAAAGGGUGACCGCAAGUUCGGCCACGCCAUCGUUGCCGGCAUUGACCGCUACCCGCGCAAGGUGACCCGCGCCAUGGGCAAGAACAAGCUCAAGAAGCGCUCCAAGGUCAAGCCGUUCGUCAAGUACGUUAACUACAACCACAUCAUGCCCACCCGUUACGUCGCCGACAUUGACCUGAAGAAGGUCCUGGACGACGAGGUGCUGGCCAACCCGGAGAGCCGCAUUGAGUCCCGCAAGACUAUCAAGAAGGUGUUCGAGGAGCGCUACCUCAACCAGGCCGCGUGCAAGUCGGAGAAGAAGGCUGCUGGUGUCAGCUUCUUCUUCAAGAAGCUCCGCUUCUAAGUGCAAUCAGUUGUUUGCGUCUAGAGGCUGGUGGGAAUCGGGGUAUUAACAUAAAUGCAGCCCAUUCCAGUUCCGUUCCGUUCGGGGAAACAAACCGUCAACAUGUUGUAUAGUCUUCAAUGGCGUCCGCAAGCCUUGAACGUCACCUGCGUCUUGCAAGACCAGACCGGCUACUCAUCGUCGUCUUCGAUAUGAAGCUCCACUCCGUCGGGCCUCAAUGGCAUAGUCGUCAUCUUCUUCUUGAUCAUUUUCAGAUUCAUCAGACUCGCUGCUGCUCUUGUUGGGGUCAAUCAUCUCGAUCUUCUUGCGCUCGGCAAAUAUCCGCUCGCAUUUGCUUAGAUUACCACCCGCUAAAAUC